CUCCCCCGUUGUUUUUCCGAAAUGGUUCUUUCCAGUAAUGGUGGCAGCAGCACGUUGAAGGAGAAUCCAGCGUGGAUAAACAACAACAACGGCACUUUCUGGAUUUAAACGGUUAAUUGUUUUGAACAGCUACCUGUAGUUUGAGGUUUGAGCAUCUCUAACCCCUAUUAGUCGAAGGAAACCAGCAGAUAUUCCGUUACAAGAUGCCUCAUCGGAAGAAGAAGUCGUUCAUUGAAAAGAAGAAGGCCGUGACCUUUCACCUGGUCCACAGGAGUCAGAGGGACCCGCUGGCUGCAGACGAGAAAGCCCCGCAACACGUCCUGCUGCACGCCAACAAGGUUUCUCAGGUGGACACAGAGAAGAGGCGCGAGGAGCAGAGGGAGUUUGGCGUGUUCUUCGAUGAUGACUACAACUACCUGCAGCACCUGAAGGAGCCGUCGGUCCCGUCGGAGCUGGUGGCCGCCGGCCCCCGGCACACCGACAGGCGACUUCAUCUCGAAGAUGAAGAGGACGAGGAGGACGAGGAGGGUGAAACGGACAAGGCCAUUUCUGCCGCUAGCAUCAACCUUCCUUCUUCAGUGUUCGCCUCAGAGUUUGAAGAGGAGGUGGGACUUCUGAACAAAGCCGCUCCUAUCUCAGGACCACGGCUGGACAUGGACCCCGACAUCGUGGCUGCUCUCGACGAAGACUUUGACUUCGACGACCCCGACAACCUCCUGGAUGACGACUUCAUCGCCAAAGCGAACACUGCGAGCGGAGCCGCGGACAUCGAAGAUGACGAUGACGAGGAUGACGAUGAUGACGAGUGGGAGGACACAGACGAGGAAGGCGACUUUGACUCUGAAGGCGGGUUUUCGGGUGACGAGAACAUGGAAGGCCGCGGACCAGAGUUUCUCUUCAUGGACGAAGAGACGAAGAGUCGAUUCACAGAGUACUCGAUGACGUCGUCCGUGAUGCGGAGGAACGAGCAGCUCACCCUGCUGGACGACCGCUUCGAAAAGUUUUACGAGCAGUUUGAUGACGACGAGAUCGGCGCUCUGGACAACGCAGAGCUGGAGGGCUUCAUCCAGCCGGACAGCGCUCGCCUGGAAGAAGUUAUCAAAGACUAUUUCAUACAGAAAGAGAAAGAAUACCUGAGGCCUGAUGACUUGGGUCCAAAAGAACUUCCUGUCCUGAAGGAGGAAGAGGAAGAUGAUGAGGAGGAAGACGAGAUGGAAACGGUUGUUAUCAAAGCUCCGGAAGAGAAGUGGGACUGUGAAACCAUCAUCAGCACAUAUUCCAACAUAUAUAACAGACCCAAGAUCAUUCAGGAACCACCAUCGACCAAGCCGAUCCGUGUGUCCAGUAAGACGGGCAUCCCUCUGGACGUCCUUCCUGCCAAAGGCCUGACCGCCAAGCAGGCGGAGCGCAUGACUCGGAUCAACGACUCGGACCUGCCCCGAGUCUCCACCCAGCUCCGCGACAAGGAGGAGAGCAAAGAGGAGAGGAAGGCCAGGAAACAGGCCAUCAAGGAAGAACGCAAGGAGCGGAGAGUGGAGAAGAAAGCCAACAAGAUGGCGUUCAAGGAAGAAAAAGUCCGCCAGGAGAAGCAGAUGUUGAACCUGAGAACAAACGUUCAAGGCCUGAAGCUUUAGCAACAAACUUUAGCCCGCACAGACUUUUUACCCGUUGGUGGCGUGCGUCAUCAGCGGACACGCCGCUCUUCACCUCAGUGGAGCCAAACGAACGACGCCAGUCAGACGACUGACGGGGUGCUGAGAGGCUCAGGUUCUCUCAAAUCAUCACGACAUAGUUAAUUUAAUAAAAGGAGCAAAAACUAACUUUAUUUACAGGCCUUGUCAUUAUGUUGUAGCAGGUUGAAAUCCAGGAAUACUAAAGGCUUGGUAUUGAGUAGGAGUAUUAAAAACGUAUGAGCCAAAA